UUCACCGAACUUAAUUACAAAUAACCCUUUUAUCUGUUAGAAAACAUUCAAUUUGGAAUUUCUUAAAAAUGUUGGAAAUCUUAUAAAGUCGAAUUUUUCAUUCUUCAUUGUGCUCCACUUGUUGGAAUAUUUUUAGUAUCAUGUACUUAACAAUUUACUUAAUUUCAUCAAUAAUACCUAAUGUUUUAAUGGACUGCGGCUGUACUUCUAACAGAGAGGUUGAUACUAACAAGAAAUGUACUUCAGAAUCAAUAAAAGUUAAUAAAUACACGAAGGAGGCCAAUAUAGCUUUCAAUUCAGAAGAAAUGGUUUUGAUUCAGGGCAAUACUUUUGAAAUGGGGACCAAUGAACAAGUUUUCCCUGCUGACUAUGAGGGACCUGUUCGUAAUGAAACUGUGGAUUCUUUUCAUUUAGAUAUUUAUGAAGUUUCAAAUGAGAAAUUUCUCAAUUUUGUAACAGAAACGGGGUAUGUUACUGAGGCGGAGAAAUUUGGUGAUAGUUUCAUAUUUGAAAUGUUUAUACCCAAAAAAGAAAGAAGUAAAUUCAAAGCAUACAGGGCUGUUCAAGCUCCUUGGUGGAUAAAAAUGAAGGGAGUAAGCUGGAAGAAACCUGAAGGACCUAACUCUAAUAUAGAAGGAAUAUUGAAUCAUCCUGUUGUGCAUGUUUCCUGGAAUGAUGCUAUGGAAUAUUGCAAGUAUAUGGGUAAAAGAUUACCUACAGAAGCUGAAUGGGAAAUGGCUUGUAGAGGUGGAUUAAGACAAAAAUUGUAUCCUUGGGGUAACAAACUGAAUCCAAAAAACAAGCAUUGGUUGAAUAUAUGGCAAGGUGAAUUUCCAGAAACCAAUACAGCUGAAGAUGGUUUCAUUGGAACAGCUCCAGUAAAUCACUUCACACCAAACAAGUUUGGCUUGUUUAAUAUGGCGGGUAAUGUCUGGGAAUGGACUAAUGACAAUUGGAUGAAUGACCCUGAAUCAAAAGUAAAAAAGGGAGGAUCCUUUUUGUGUCAUCAAUCAUACUGUUGGAGAUACAGAUGUGCUGCCAGAUCCUUCAACACCAAAGACAGUUCAUCAAGUAAUCUAGGUUUCAGAUGUGCAAGAGAUGUAAAAUGAUCGAAUUUUUAUAGUUUCAAACAAUAAAAUGGCUCAUUGCCAAUCACUUGAAAUCCUUA